AUGGGGGUAGUCCGGUUACAAAGUCCACAGCUACAUGUGACCAGGGACGGGGAGGAAUGGGUAAGGGACGAAGGAAGCCAGCUGGAGCAUGGUUUGAAGUUGAACUGUCUCAACAUGUCAGACUCGACAAGAACUAUUCAACACGUGGGGGAGGUACUGAAGUCUCGCAGGGAUUGUGAUCCAGAGAAUGUGACCACGUUCUUUGAUGAAUGGGCAGCAGACUAUGAACAGGAUGUCAACAUCUUGGACUACCAAGGACCAGAUCUGGUUGCAGAAUUAAUUUCUUCCAACUUCAGUGGGAAUCGAGAAGCAGCCCUGGUUUUGGAUGUCGCCUGCGGGCCUGGACAGAUAGCUAAACUGAUGAGUGAACUCAGCUUCAAACGCUUUGUGGGGAUUGACUGCAGUAAAGGAAUGCUGGAGGAAGCGGCUAAAACUGGGCUCUAUGAGGAUCUCAAACUGGUCAAUCUGGGAACUGAACCGCUGCCUGCACAAGCUGAUACGGUUGAUGUGGUGGCCAUGGUCGGUGCUCUGCAACCCGAUCUUGUACCAUUCAGCGUUUUGAGGGAGUUGUGCCACGUCACUAAACCAGGUGGCUUGAUUUGUGUCACAAAGGCUCAACACAGAACUGAUCCUGAAGGCUUCACUGCUCUUGUGGAGAAAGAGUUCAAGCUCCUGGAGGACGAGGGACUGUGGUGUUGCGUAGAUGUCAAGAAGUCUGACCAAUACAUUAGGGAUGGGACUCUGAUUGGCCAGAAAGAUAAGCAGGAUGUGGGAUUUACCAGUGGAACUGCUUACCUGUUCAGGAAACCUCUCGUGUGA